AUGGGAUGUGUAGCCUUAAGUAACAAUAGUUUGUCAGGAAAGUUCCCGUCUUUUCUGCAAAACUUGACAACUGUGUUCUUCCUAGAUUUGUCUUGGAACAAAUUCUCUGGAAGAUUGCCAAUGUGGAUUGGAAGCUUAACAUCAUUAAGAGUUAUACGAUUAAGUCACAACAAGUUCUUUGGUAGCAUUCCAAUGAACAUCACAAACCUUCCUUGCCUUCAGUACAUGGAUCUAAAUAACAAUAAGAUAUCAGGCUCUCUGCCGAUCUACCUAUCAAAUCUUAAAUUUAUGACAAACACAUCCAUGAUGGGUUGUUAUUACAGCGCUGAAUUAUGGAAUCCUCAUCUUAAUAGUGUGUCUACAGUCUUGAAGGGGCAGGAAUUGAACUACGGUUCCAUCUAUAGAGUUUUGCAGACAAGGAUGAUGAGCAUUGAUUUAUCUUCUAACAAUUUAAUCGGUGAAAUUCCAGAAGAAAUAGUUUUCCUUGACGAUCUAGUGAAUUUGAAUCUGUCAAGGAACCACUUGAGCGGAGUUGUUCCAAACAAGAUUGGGGAAAUGCAGUCGCUUGAAUCACUAGACCUCUCGAGGAACAUGCUUUCUGGGGAAAUACCGGCUAGUCUUUCAAAUCUAACGUUCUUAAGCUACAUGGACUUGUCAUACAACAAUCUUACGGGAAGAAUUCCAUCAGGAUCGCAGCUUGAUACCCUGUAUGCAGAGUAUCCAUCUAUGUACAUUGGCAACACCGGUCUCUGUGGGCAUCCCCUUCAAAACAAUUGCUCAAGUGAGGGUCAUGCGCCAAAGCAAGGUGGCCUGGGAAGAACUGAAGGAGGUCAUGGGAUACAAUUCUUUUAUCUUGGGCUCGGGUGCGGCUUCGUGGUUGGUACCUGGAUGGCAUUUGGUGUUCUGAUGUUCAAGAGAAGUUGGAGAAUCGCUUGCUUUCGACUCUCAGACAAGCUGUGCGACAAAGUGUAUGUCCUUGUUGCUGUAUGGGCAAGACAAACAUGA